UUCAAGUAAAUAACUAAAAGCAAUAAUUUUCCAGGCAGUGGUAGUUGCUUCGUAACAACAAAAUGAAUAAUCAAACUGUGUAACAAAAUGCCGAAUCAAAGUAUAGUAGAUGAUGUUACAUGUGCUUUUCAAUUUUUUAACAAGGUGGGUACAUCCCCCAAAGCACUGAUAGCCAGAUAAGAUAAGGUUCUUUGUACAUAUGUCAAGAAGCAAAGCCCUGUUGUUAAUGUGAGUCUGCAGUUUUGCAUUCCAGAACAUUUCCCUUUUGUGAAUUGGUAUCUUAUUCUGGAGAUUGAAUUUCUAUACCUAUAACAAGAAAAUGUAUAUCCCUCGAGAGAUUUGCUCAAAAAGUUUCGCUCCCACAAGGAAAAUUCGCUCUCGCAUUCACAAGCAGUUUACACCAAAGGAAAAAUGUAGAAAAGCACGAUCACAAGAGAUUGAAAUUAAGGAAAUUAACACUUGGCGUCAGUGCUGUCUGCCAUAAUUGUGUAUUGGAGAUACUAGAUCCCCUGUCACUGCUUUCGAAGACCCUGUCCAGUUGCCAGACCCUUUCAUUGAAUACAUUUUUAUUGAGGUAGGUAGGUACCCCUGUAGGUACCCCUGUAGGUACCUACCUAAUCAAAAUUUAGCAAAUGAAAGUCCCAAAUUUCAUUUAAUACAUUUAAAAUAUCAGGUCAUAAAGAUGUGGGAACUCAUCAGUAUGAUGAGGAUUUCGUUAACGAAGAUCGAAACAAAUUUAUGGAAAGAGAAGAAGGGAAAGAAGAAACAACGGAACAAUGGUCAAAGUUUACGGAUUGGGUAAAUCAAAUAGGUACACAAAAUGCGCGCGUGUGAAAUAAUGGACUUCUAGUUAGCAAUUAUCGCGAAUAAUUAUUGAUAGCUUGUAUUAAAAAAAUAGCAUCUGACACAAGAGCAUAAGUACAAAUAGGUAGUGCAUAAGCAAGGAAGUGUUUAAUUUUGUGGUAACUCAAAAACAAUAAUGAUUUACACUAUAGCGGAAAGGGUCUUUUUAUUGUUCCCAUUUUCCCCUAGGGUCCUUUAUCAAAUUCCUUAGCGUGAUAGCGAUGUACGGAUAAUGAAUUCCAAGUAGGUAAUUAUUUAAUGAUGUCGUUGGCCUCUUCGGAUUUGGAUGUUGGAAUGCUCAUGCCAAUCGGAAUGUACUUGGAAAUAGGACCUUUGCAUAUUAUGUACUACUACAAAAAAAGUGGUAUUUAAUAACGUAACGAACACAAGUUAAGUAAGAAACGACGACCAUCUUGAGAUUGUGGUCACGUGAUUUCCAAUUAGAAAUCGCGUCUACUCGUAGUUCAAAUUGUAUGUAGAUGCACUAACUAUCAGUAGUUCAAAUAGUUACUAUUUACAUUAACCAAACUUUACGUCUUAUCAAAGCCAAGCGGAGCGGCGUUCUUAGGUUUUUUUGUAAGUGGUGAUUUCCCGUACAAAAUUGCUUCUUCAAAAUGACGAGAAGAACCUGCAGAACUUGUCUAAAGUCAGUAAACGGCAAUGAGUGCGUCAGGUUGCAAAGCAGCAUUCAAGCUUUAGAAAUUGAAGCGGAGCUUCGCUUUUGUAUGCCCGAAAUUAAUUUCAAUUUAAUUGACGAAGCGUACAUGUGUUGUCGUUGUGUUGAUUCCUUGCACCAGUCCUAUUUGUUUAAAAAUGAAUGUCUUAGAUCUGAGGAACGCAUACGUAACUUUGUAAAGGCUAAUCAAGACAAAGACAUUUCUCUAGAAGAAUUGAGUGUGAAUAAUAAUCUAGAGGCAGGUUCCAAUGUGGACGUAAUCGAUGAGCUCAAUAGUGUCUUAGAUGAAGUUUUAAAACAAAAUCUUCCUUGCACAUCGAACUUGGUGUUAAGCAAUGUGGUCGACGAUGUCAGUGAUAGUAUGUACACCUUCUCUCAAAGCAUUGUUCAAAGCAGAACUAAUUUAACCAAAAAAAGCUGUGUGGUAUACCUAGCUAAGGUGAGUGUGCAGCCAGGCGAUGUGCGAUUUGUUUGUAGUAAGUGUGACCAAAUUUACACAACCAGGACCUUACUGCAACAGCACGCUUAUACAAAACACAAUAGACUAAAGCGUCAACUUGUACCGCACCUUGAUGUUGUAGGUUACCGAUGCAACGUGUGUAACUUUGUGGGCAAUCGCAAAGAUUACGUAAAAGCUCAUAUGAGUCGUAUUCAUAAGGGAUACGAAAUAAUAAGAUGCCCGGUUAAUGGAAGUAAGUGCGUUGUACCUCAGAAUGAGAUGGAGUCUGCUAUAUCUGACAGCAUGGAGAUAUUCACAAAGAGGCGGAAAAGUACAUGUGUUAGUAAUGAGCUGGAGAUAUCUACAGUGCAAUUAUCAACGUUAACACGUACAAAAAGUCCUCAAAAUAACAUGACUUCCAGCCCUGUCACUUGUAAUAUUUGUGACAAGCAGUUAGCUCGUGCCUCAUAUUUACGAGACCAUCAAAGAAAACAUAGGGGAGCUUUACCAUUCUUCUGUUCGAGAUGUAGGUUCCGCUGUGCUUCUAAAGUAGAAUUAGAAGAACAUGUACCGUCUCAUAGUCGGGGGAAGUAUGCGUGCAAAUACUGUGAAUUUUAUACUGACCGGUAUAGCUCCAUAGUGUCACAUCAUGCAAGGAUGCAUAAAGGAAGAAGGAGAUACGCUUUCUAAACUUAGAAUAGGAUAGUAACUAGUUUAUAGGUUGUUAUUCCAGUUCCUUGCAGUAAAUUGAAUCUGUUAUAUUGUGAAUUUUGGUUUUACUCUGCUCUAUGUAUAAUAUUAUAUUAGUUUAUUUGUUUGAACUUGUUUAGUUUCAUAUUAGUAUAAAGCAUACCUACUUAAUUUACUUUAAUUUAGAUACAUAUUAAUAUUAUAAUAAUAUUUUUGUACAUGUGAAAAGGUACGUCAAAUUGUGAAGGUGAUAUUGAUGUGUGUACUUCAAGUAUAUAUAUAUGUAUUUUACUUACUAA